UAAUAAACAAACCAAAAAGCUCCUUUGCAAAUGCAAAACCAACCUUUAGUUUCUCUUUCCUACUGUUUUUUGGCAAAACAAGUGGUGAAGAGAAAAUGAGAGAUAAUUCCCAGGUAAUAUCCAUCUAGUGUAAAACAUAUUAGAAUAGAUUGUUGUAAUAAUAUUAUGUGGAUUAGAUAGAGAAGGAGAUACAAAGAAAGAUGUUGUUUUUCUAUUUGAUCUCCUUGCCUUUAACACUGGGGAUGGUGAUUUUGACUUUGAAAUAUUUCGCGGCCCCGGAAGUUCCUAAUUAUGUUCUUUUCACCGUUGGAUAUACAUGGUUUUGUUCUUUCUCCAUCAUCAUCCUUGUACCUGCUGAUAUUUGGACGACGAUAUUUGGUCAGUACAGCAGAGGGAUAUCUUUCUUUUGGAGCCUAACCUAUUGGAGUACAUUUUUGCUAACUUGGGGUGUGGUGCCUACUAUUCAGGGUUAUGAAGAUGCUGGAGAUUUCACCGUGGUUGAAAGAUUGAAGACUAGCUUACAUGAAAACUUGGUCUUCUACCUAUGCGUUGGUUCUGUUGGACUUGUUGGACUCGUUUUAUUCGUUAUUUUCAGCAAAAAUUGGAGUGGAGACAUUCUUGGUUUUGCCAUGGCUUGCUCCAAUACUUUUGGACUUGUUACUGGUGCGUUCCUUCUUGGCUUUGGUCUUAGUGAAAUCCCUAAGGGCAUUUGGAAGAAUGUGGAUUGGACUUUUCGCCAUAAGGUUCUCUCACACAAAGUUGCUAAAAUGGCUGUUAAACUUGAUGAUGCUCAUCAAGAAUUUUCUAGUGCUAUUGUUGUUGCUCAGGCGACCUCAAAUCAGAUAAAGAAGCGUGAUCCUCUAAGACCGUAUAUGAAUAUUAUCGAUAGCAUGUUAUAUGAAAUGUUAAAAGAAGAUCCUUCCUUCAAGCCUCAAGGUGGAAGGUUUGGGGAGAAUGAUAUGGACUACAAUACUGAUCAAAAAUCAAUGGCAACUCUCAGACGUCGACUUAGGAUAGCUAGAGAGGAAUACUGUAGAUACCGAAGUGAAUAUACGAGCUUUGUCUUGGAAGCUCUCGAACUGGAAGAUACUAUAAAAAACUACGAGCUCCGUAAUAUAACUGGAUGGAAAUUUGUUUCAAGUUUCAAGCCCGAACGAACAGGCAAAUUAGGGUCCUCUUUUGAUAUGAUGGAGUUCGUCUGGCGUUGUGUUCUAAGAAAGCAACUAGAGAAACUCUUUGCAAUAAUUCUGUGUUGUAUGUCUGCUGCAAUUCUUUUAGCAGAAGCUACCAUACUGCCUGUUGGAGUUGAUUUAUCUCUCUGCUCCAUCCUCAUAAACUCCGUGGGAAAGCAGGAAAUGCUCGUCCAGGUUAUUGCAUUUGUCCCUCUGAUGUAUAUGUGCAUCUGCACCUAUUUUUCCUUGUUCAAAAUUGGAAUGCUGAUGUUCUAUUCAUUAACACCAAGACAAACAAGCUCAGUCAGCUUGCUUAUGAUAUGCUCGAUGGUUGCACGAUAUGCUCCUCCAAUUUCAUACAACUUCCUUAAUCUUAUCCACUUCCCUGAUAAUAGAAAAACCAUCUUUGAGAAGCGAAUGGGGAACAUAGACGAUGCAGUCCCUUUCUUUGGUAAAGGGUUCAACAAAAUCUAUCCUCUCAUCAUGGUUAUAUACACAUUGCUACAUGUGGCAAACUUCUUUGAUCUGGUCAUUGAUUAUUUUGGAAACUGGAGAUCAAUGUUCAAUUUUCAAGAGCAAGAUGAGGAUACAGAUGGAUUCGACCCAUCGGGACUAAUCAUCUUGCAGAAAGAACGGGCUUUGCUUGAGCGAGGGCAUAAUGUUGGUGAGCAUAUUAUUCCUUUGGCAAGGAAUUUCGGCAGUGUGAGUGUUGACAUUGAACCUAGCAGCAAUGAGAUGGAGAUGGAUACUGCAGAAAUCGGAACAAUGAGGGAAUUUAGACCUCUGAAAGAAGAGGUUCAACAGGUCACAAGCAGAGAAGCCAUUGACAAGAAAUAUUCCACCUUAAGAGAACAGAACAAGCAAGCGUCGAACACAAAGUCAGCUCGCGAAGAGUCGACUUCCUUCAAGAGUGCAACGAGACCACCACCUGAAAGAUCAGCCUCAAAAUGGGAAUCAAUGAAUUCUGGUCUUCUAAAUUUCAAAUCCAUCCUGGAAGUGAAGAAAUACCUCCCUUUACGCCAGACCCAAGAAAACACUGUGUCCUCCUUGGCUUCCUCAUCGGAAUCCCUUGAUGAGAUUUUCCAGAGAUUGAAACGACCAACUCUGGACCUUAGAGACUACAAUGCUGAAAAUGAUCUUUUGUUUUGAACACGACACCGAGUUCAGAAACUUUGGUCAGUCUAGAUAGAAAAUGUAGCAAUUCCUGGAACAGAAUCAGAAGACUUGUUCAUUUUUCACCAAGGACCGAAGCAUGCGUGUUUUUGUAGCAAGCUGAGUGCCAACUAUGGUACAAUUCACAUCAUCUGUACACUUGUAAGUUGUAAUAGUAAACAUUGAUUAUGAAUGUUUGCUUCCUUGUUCCUACAGAUUAUUUGUUGAAUCUAAUACGAUGGAGUU